UUGGCAUCUGCUGAACCGUGUUCAUGUUGACUCGAUUAGAGCCGAUCAUGUUCAAAAGCCUUGCUUAUAAAUAAGUAAGCUGAAAUCAGAUAGGUUUGUGUAGUUUCGUGAGAACUUGGCUGAGUGGAAACUGGUAGACAAUUAAGCAAAAAUGAAAUUCAUGUUCAUAAUGGUAUUAAUGGCGUCGGUGAUGGCAGCAAUUACAGCGACGCCUGUCUUAACUCACAAUACCGACAAUUGGUUGAAGGAUUUCGUAGCUGGUGAACCACUAACUGAAGAAGAAUUUCAAAGCGGGUUUUCCAGUCUAGAUCGUGAAAUGGGGGAAGAUGAAUUUAUUCCUUGGGAUAAACAACAUCCUGAGCUGCUUGAGGGUGACAUUAUGCUACCGGGAAGUAAAAAUGCAAUCCUGAACCAGAAUGCUCUUUGGCCAAAUAAAGUCAUUCCUUACGUCAUCUCAGCGGAUUAUUCGGCUCUGCAACGACAAAUCAUCGCGUCUGGUAUGAGUACCUAUCACAAUAAGACGUGCAUCCGCUUCGUUCCACGAACUACCGAAAGAAACUACAUCUCAAUUUUCAAGAGUGGACAAGGAUGCUGGAGCUACGUGGGUUUGAUCAACAAUGGCGCCCAAGGUGUGAGCCUGGAUGAUGGAUGUGUGGUUAGUUGGGCACCUGGGGUUGUUUUGCACGAACUUAUGCACACGGCCGGAUUCUGGCACGAACAUAUGCGUCCAGAUCGUGAUACCUACGUUUCAAUCAAUUUGAAUAAUGUUCUUGAACGAUACCGAGGAAAUUUCAACAAGCUUUCGACAACUCAGGUCACUACCCUCGGACUGUCUUACGAUUACGGAUCUGUAAUGCACUAUCCGAGGGGAGCGUUUGCCAUUGAUAGUAACGUUCCUGUCAUCACAGCUUUGAUUGGCACUCCUGUUAUAGGACAAAGAGCAGGAUUUAGCACGUUGGACGUUCAAAAACUAAACAAAUUAUACAACUGCCAAUCAUCUGGUUGUUGAUCGGCAUUUUAAAAAUUCCUGAAAAAAAACAAACAAAUGAAAAACGAUUUCCAUUUCUGAACAGAUUUCUACAAUCUAUGAUUAGCUCACGCGUUACAUGCAUGUCGUACGCUGAGUGAAAAUAUUUUCAAAUUUGGUGAUGGGUUUCAAUUUAGUGUAAUCUGAAAUACACAUCAACGUUUUUUGGGCA